AUGGUCCUGUUCAUUGGCUUUUGCUUGUGCUUUGUCGCCUCCGGUCAAGCUGUAAUGACCGGUGAGCCGCACGCCGUCCCACCGAACAGGACCGACGUGCGGAGGGAAGCGUUGUUCGCCCUCCGUGAAUUCAACCGAGACAACGUCCAGGACGAGUUUACGUACAAGCUUCUCAACAUCACGUCAGCCAAAACUCAGGUAGUUGCGGGAAUUAACUACAUCCUAGACGUCCAACUGGGACGCACCUUGUGCAAGAAAAGCGACUCCACUGUCGCAAAACGGUGCAUUUCUCAAACCGUCACCAAGAAACUUCAGUGCCACUUCGUCGUUACAGAAAUCCCAUGGAAAAACGCGACUGAAGUUACCAAGCGAAAAUGUGGUUAA